AUGGGCACUAACGUCCAACCCGAAUUGCCUGGGCUAGAGAGCCCGGAGCAGCUACUCGACGAUGACUUCGAUGAUCUUGACGUCCUGGAAGCAGAAGCCGCUCUUCACGAUGAAACCAAUCCCGCGCUGGAGGAGCCGGACAAACCGAAGGACGGCGAGACGACUGCGAAAGAUGUAGCUCUAAAGGAAGAAGAUACCCACGACACCCUCAAAUACCAGCUCCUUGGCCCUAGUCUAACGAAAGCCGGUCAAGAUGCCGUCGACCAAACAAAGGUCGCCGAAAUCAUCUACAACGCCUCCCGCGGCUCCAAAUUCUUCCACCGCGAAGAAGCCCGCGACAAGCUCCUCACCGAGAAAAUCGACCGUAUUCUCGCCCGCCAACGAACCCUCACGGAACCUCAACUGACCCGUUUCCGCCGCGAAGCCGACGCUCUCCUCGAGCAGCUCGAGGCCACGCGCGACCUCUCGCAGUACAUUGUCCACGUCGACUGCGAUGCGUUUUAUGCGGCCGUGGAGGAGUUGGAUAGGCCCGAGUUGAAGGAGGUGCCUUUCGCAGUAGGCAAAGGUGUCCUCACCACCUGCAACUACCACGCCCGCCGCUUCGGCGUCCGCUCCGGCAUGGCCUCCUUCGUCGCCACGAAACUCUGCCCCCAACUCAUCCUCAUCCCCAACGACCACGCCAAAUACCGCGCCAAAGCCGCCGAGGUCCGCGACAUCUUCGCCGACUACGACCCGCGCUUCGAGAGCGCCUCCAUCGACGAGGCGUACCUCAACAUUACUGCCUACUGCGCUGCCCACGCUGACGAUCCCAGGGGAGAAGAAGGAGAAGAAUCAAGCGGAGGGGGAGAUCCCGCCGAGGUGGUGGCGCGCAUGAGGAAAGAGAUCCACGAACGUACGGGCGUGACGGUCUCGGCGGGGAUAGCACCCAACGCGCGUCUCGCCAAAAUCUGCUCCAACGUGAACAAGCCAAACGGGCAAUUCGUGCUGCCCAACGAACGGGCCGAGAUCAUGCGGUUCGUGCGGGACCUGCCGACGCGCAAGGUCAACGGCAUCGGGAGGGUGAUGGAACGGGAGCUGGCGGCCGUGGGGAUCGCCACCUUGGGGGACGUGUACGAGAAGCGCGAGUAUGUGAAGCCCCUCUUCGGCGAAAAGGCGUAUUCGUUCCUCAUGCACGCGUACCUGGGCCUGGGACGCACGCGGAUCCAGCCUGCGGAGGAGUACGUGCGCAAGAGCGUCGGUACGGAGCGCACGUUUCGCGCUAUCAAGGAUCCGGGCGAGUUGAGGGACAGAUUAAGAAAAACAGCGGGGGAUCUGGAGGGGGAGUUGGAGAAGGCGGGGGUCAAGGGACGGACUGUCGUUUUGAAGGUCAAGCUGCAUACUUUUGAGGUGUUGACAAGACAGGUUGUUGCGCCGAAGGUGGUCUGGAAGGCCGAUGAUUUGUAUGCGCUUGCGUUACCGAUGUUGGUGAAGUUGGAGGAGGAGGUCAGGGCGAGUCCCGUGGGGAGGAAGGAUGGGUUUUGUAUUCGGUUGAUGGGGAUUCGGUGUACGCAUCUUGUUUCGUCCAAGAAGCCCGAUACGGCGGCUUUUUUCGGCCUCCGGUCCAAGGCCUCGGCGGAAGAAGACGCUUCGUCGAAACGUCGUCUCCCUGAACUUGACUCGGACGGGUGGGAAAAGUGGCCCGAAGAGGAAGCCGACGGCGACGACAAUCACGACGUAAGGCCUCAGACGUCAAAUAAUACCGAAGAACCACCCCCGUCUCCUCCCAAACCCCAAGAUGAAGAAACCGAAGAGCUCUGGGACUGUCCCGUUUGCGCACGCCCCCAAAGCGCCGACGAGCGCCUCUUCAACGAACACAUUGAUCUUUGCCUCUCGCGGCAGACCAUCCGCGAUGCGGUGCAGGAGGACGGGGUGACGGCUGCGGCGGUUCCCGAGGCCGAUCGAGCUCCGCCUAUGGAAACUUUCGCGAAAAAGAAGAGGGGGAGGCCAAAGGGAGGUGGGGUGGAGAGGGAGCGGAAGAGGGAGAGGGGUGGGGGGGAUCCGAGGCAGAUGAAGUUGUUUUUUGGAUGA